AUGCCUGCACCCGCUGAGAAACACGGCUCCACUGCGAUGGCGAUGGCCGUCGGAGGCGAGGCCGAAGAUGAGGAGGAGCAGCCCGAGCCUCUUGAAGACUAUGUGAACGUAUCGCCCAUCGAAGUCGCAUUGCUGCAAGGGGAUGCUCCGAUGCUCACCUAUCUUCUCCGCUUGGCAUCCGAGGAGGCCGGCUCUGGCGAGGGCCAAGGCGCCCAAGAGGAGGAGCAGAAGGAGGAGGUUGAGCCCAUGGCCGAAGUGGACGAGGACUGCGACGAGGAGGAUGCGGAGGACGAUGGCGGAGAAGUCGUUCAGGCUGCUGGGGACACGGAAGCCUGGAAAGGGAAGGAUCUCUGGUAUCAGCUCUUGAAGAAGCCAAACCAAUCUCUGGGGGGAGCAGACGCAUUGAGGUUGGCGAUUGUCUUGGACCAGCCCAAGGCCUUCGAGGAGCUUGCCGCCGUUGCAGAAGAGCUCAUCCUGCCAAUUCCCCAGGUGGAGGCUUGGCGAAAGAAGCUCGAGCCCCAGGAGCUGACAGACAAGAGGUCCGCCGCGAAGCACAUGCACAUUCAUCACGGGUCUCCGUUCAGGCCGGUCGGUGUCGCGCUCUAUGUCGGCGCCAAGGAAGCCAUACGCCGUUUCGCAAGAGGCUUGGAUCCAAGUUUGCUGCGCUUUUUGCAAUCAGAGUGCCGCCCGCGGAAGUGCCAGUUCGCAAUGCCCUUCGCCGCUGCGCGGCAGUGGCUUCACUCGGAGAUUGAGAAGGGCCAGAUCACCCUUGAGGAGAUAAACGAAAAGCUGUUUGGCUUGGAAAGCACCGACGCUGCAGGCCGCACCGCUGUGUUCUAUGCCGAUGCAGAUGGCAUCAAGGAGCUCGCAGCUUUGGGCCCCAACUUCGACCAUAUUUCCGGCCAUGAGGAUCACCCGGGCGCGACAGCCUUUAUGGCGGCAUCCUACAGAGGGGACCUCGAGCUUAUGUCGGCCUUGCUCGAUGCUGGCUGCAAUGUCAAAAGCACCGGCGGGGGCGGUUGGAAUGCGCUUCACUGCGCCGUCGUUGGGGUCAAGCAGGAGAUGAACUCCGAAGAUAGCAAGUCGGAGGAUAUCGAGAAGUCCUUGAAAGCCGUGCGAUUUCUGCUGUCCCGGCCCGAGGCGCCCGAGCUGCUCUUCGCAGAGGGCUGUGAGCACACGCCUCUGAUGCUGGCCGCACAGCGAGGCCACGCGCUGACACGGCUCCUGGCGGAGGCCACCCUGGCGGCGGGAGCUCGUGGCGAAAAGGCCCUGUCUCGCCGAGAUCGAAGCUUCAGGACGGCGAUGCACCUAGGCACAACACCCCUCCAGCUCGAUGCUGAGGCACUGAAGGUGCUGAUUGAGACUGGGGCAGACAAGAAGCUCGGGGACAAAGCGGCUGAGGCGCUCAGUGCAACUGUGGAAGACGGUUCGGGAAUGACUCCACUCCAGCUGGUGAUGGAGAAGGUGGCCCAGAUCUGGUCCCAAAGCCACACCCCGCAUGGUGCCUUCGGAAGAGGCAUGGCCUUCCACUUCCCCGCCCAAGCGAAGACAAAGUCACCAAAGCCGGCGACGCCUCACGCAUCCCGCGAGCGUCAGUCCUUGGAUCUGCUCUUUUCUUCUGCAGCAGAGAGACCACGGACGAUGGCGAGCUUCAGUCAGGUCCAGGAGACGGUGAAGAUUGCCACGGGUGCGCCACGAAAGGCCACGGAACUCGGUUCAGUCUUUGCUCCGCACGGUGCAGCAGAUGCAGACCCUGGAGGUGUUCCAGUUGACCUAGACGUUCUUUGCGGAAUGGAUGAAGGGCUCAACAUGCCUCAGAUGAACGCCGGCUGGUUCUGA